AUGUCAUCGGUUUGUCCUAGUGGAUUAAGUGAUCUCUUGAGAAGACCGGUCGAACUUCAAAAGUUCAAAGCGAAGUAUGAAAAGUACUACGCAAGAGCCUGUGAUUCUACCUACAUUCAUAUGUUGAGUGCGUUGUUUCAUCAUGAUGCUGUGAAAGUUUUUAAAAUCUCCCAAAAGCAUUGCGUUGAUGUAUAUUCUGAACUGACCAACAUUGCAUUCAAAAUAAUGAAUUUUGAGAUAAUUGAAAAUGGAGAUGAGAGCAGUGAAACAGAAGAUAAUGGAUCCACCGAUGAACGUUAUGAUUUUAUGAAAAUGAAAGAGGUGAAAGGAAUUUUCGCUGACGACGGUCGGUCUAAUAUGGCAUUAACGGUCAAGGACUUUAAAAGAGUUUUGAGGGAACACUUGCUCAAAGAAAUAAAAGGGUUUAGGCAAUUCUGGGAGUCUGUAUGCGAGGUAACGGUAAUGCGUCUGGCGCAUGAGAUGAAGGUAAAGAUUUGA